AUGCCAAAUAGAGACACCCUCAAUGUUAAUUCUGAUAAGGAAAAUGAUAUAGCUUAUAAGAACAAUGAUCCGCUAUUUGUGAAGGAUGCUAUUUCGAAUAGGACUGUUCCGCAGACACCAAUGGAUAAAUUAUUGAAGCGAACUCAUUCAAAGACAUUGAGCACUGCUGUGUUUAAGGACGCACAACAAUCGAAAGAAAAUAAUAAUAAUAACAUAAAACUAAAUAGGUUACCUUUGGCUUCAAAAGAUAAUAAUAAUAGCCGUAGAUCAAAUAGUUUCAUACUGCAGAAUAAUAAAUUGGUCCUAAAUAAACAACUCUCUCUUCUCAAUAAUAAUCAAACUAGUAAUAAAUUAAGAAAGUAUGGCAGCAUACUAGGUGUAAAUAAUAACGGUAAUAAUACAAACAAAACUUUGAACCCUGUUAAAAGUUUAAUCUUGAAGGAUAUUCCUGACAAUGGAAAUGAGAAUGACGACGACGACGACGACGACGACGACAAUAUAAUAACUUUGAAUUUAAAGAAUGCACUACAAUCGAAAAAGGAACCAUUACUAAACCAAUUGAAGAAUGCUAAAAAAAAUAGUUAUUCUGAUAGUGAAGAAGAGGAGAUAGGGUUGUUUGGAAAAGGUAAUGGUUUGCAGAAACUUAUUAGUCAGUCAAUGAAUCAUAAAACUAAAAUAGAAGCAGAAAUUAUACCGGAAAUAGAAACGAAAUCAGCUGCAUACCCAGACCUUUCAUAUAGUCCAGAAGGUUAUAUACCGUUUAAUAACGAAGACAUCAAAAAACUAAACACAUUUAAGUCACCAUAUUCUAAUUUAAAUGUUAAUGAUAGUUUAUUAGCAGAUCAUAAUAAUAAUAAUAAUUCUGGGCUCCUCGAAUUAGAAAACGUGGGGAGCUCCGAUGAUGAUGAUGAUAACAAUCUAUUAAAUAUUAGUAAUAUUCAAGAUGGGAGAGGCUCGAGACAGACAAACGACAAUGAAACAUUCAUUGAUUUCGAAAUACAGCCAUCGUAUAACGAUGGUCUGGAUGCAAAUGAACUUGAAAAUUUAUUAGAUAUAUAA